UUUUUUUUUGCCGACUCCGACGUUCCAGGCAAACCCGCACAUGGGAGACGAUGGCUCAGAAGGUGUUUAGCCGCGCGGCGGAGACUUUCCACUAAGCAGCCUUGGCCGGCGGAGGGGAGAGGACUGCGCGAAGAAGGGCGCUCCGAUGGAUGACAGCCGCUGCAUCGACCAAGAGCUCCAGCCUUCCUCGGAGCAAGCCUUCAAGGCUUACAAGCGGCGCUGGGUCAUCCUGGCGGCCGUCUGCGUGGUGAACUGCUCCAAUGCGAUGCUAUGGUUGACCUUUGCUCCAGUGGCUGACAUAACAGCUGAACGAUUCCACACCUCACUGGAUAUGGUCAAUUGGCUCUCCAUUGUGUACUUUGUGGUAUCAGUUCCUGUGGGGCUUCUAGCAAUAUGGAUCCUGGACACCAUCGGACUUAGAUGUGCUGUGCUACUCUGCGCCUGGCUCAAUAUGGUGGGCAGCAUCAUUCGUGUUUUCAGUGUUAUUGAUAGCCUGAGCUUAGGCUCCCUAAACUACAUCUACCUUCUUGUAGGACAGUGUCUCUGUGCUGGAGCCCAGCCACUCAUCAUCUUUGCACCAACUAAGCUAGCAGCUCUCUGGUUCCCUGAAGACCAACGAGCCACAGCCAACAUGAUUGCCUCUAUGUCCAAUCCGUUGGGCAUGCUCGUAGUUAACCUAUUGUCACCGACACUUGCUCCAGAAGCGAAAGAUCUCCCUUUACUGAUUGGAGUGUCUGCAGUGCCUGCGAUCCUCGGCUGCCUCCUGUCCACCUUCGGUGUUUGCAGUGGUGUUCCCCCAACUCCACCGUCGGCAAGCGCCGAUCAUUUAAAUUCACCGACUUUCUGUGAAGGUUUGAAAAUGCUGGUCCGAAAUAAGCCUUACAUUAUCCUGACCCUCUGCUUUGCCACGGGGGUAGCACUCUUCACCUGUCUCAGUUCUCUGUUGGAACAGAUCCUGUGCGUCAAUGGAUAUUCCAAUUUUUUUGCAGGUUUGACUGGAGCCUUGUUCAUUAUAUUUGGGCUCAUUGGUGCCUUCUUCCUUGGAUUAUAUGUAGAUAGGACAAAGAAGUUUACAGAAACUACCAAAAUCAGUUUUAUUCUAUCUGCUUUGACUUGCAUUGGAUUUGCAGUGGUAUCCCAGAUGAGAGACCAAACCUAUGCUGUGGCAAUAUUCAGCAGUCUUUUUGGGCUUUUUGGAUUUUCUAUGUAUCCCAUUGUCAUGGAACUAAACGUUGAAUGCUCUUAUCCUGUAGGAGAAGGAACGUCGUCAGGGAUCAUUUUUGUGACCAGCCAGAUCCUAGGAGUUCUGUUCAUACUUCUGUUCCAGAACUUGGCGGUGGAAAAAAAGAAUGCCCCUUUCUCUACCUGUGCUCCAUCUCUAGGUCCACCAAUGGAUUGGACAAAUGCAACACUAGUGAUGGCUGGAAUUACCACUUUGACAUCCUGUUUGUUUAUCGUUACAUUUCACACUAAUUACAAGAGGAUCUCUGCAGAAACAUCUCAAAGCUCUUCCAUCAACAAAACAGAAGAUGACGAUGUUGCAGUAACAGCAUGAAAUAUUUCUAAAGGAACUCUGGACUAAGCCAUAUGCCUAAAAAUCAGCCGACACCUCAAGACACCUCAAGUGCCAUAAACUCAAUAAAUUAUAACUUUGUGAUAAGUGACUGAAAAAA